AUGCCACGUCCAAACUUUCCCGGCAAUUUUGUGCUUGACCUUCACGAUCUCGCUGCCAUAAUUCUUAGCUGCCAUGCCCAGACAGAAGAUCGCUUUGCAAAUGCCCAGCUGGUAGAAAUUAAUUGCGGUGACACACCCCUCCUAACUCUCCCAAGCCACGUCUUACCGCUAGAAUGGCAUUACCAUGUCAAUGCUAGCCAAAAGCGCGUGGCGUAUAUCGUGCGCACCAAUUCUGAAGCCCCUGAGCGGACCACGUUGGACACUUUCGUAGCUCUAGAAGGUGUGCGGGCGUCAGGAAAUUGCACACUGUCCCGCCGCGAGCUUGAGGACGUCUUCUGGCGCUGCAAGGACUUCGACAGCGGCUACGUACUCGCGUAUGUCGCACAGAGUGUGAUUGAAGCCCUUCCAGCAUCUGCAUCUAUUCGAGCGCGUACCUCCUCUGGCUUCGAACUCAUCUGUUCUCCAUCGGACGUCGUUAUAGGAGAAAUUCGCGUCCGUCCUCACGAGGCGUGUCUCAUGGUUGACUACGAACCCAGGCCAGAUUUGGGACCCUCGAAGGUUAACAUGACUCAACAUCUAUCUGGCUUCGACAGCGGCCUCUCUUGGAUAUACCUCCUAUUGGGCAAGGCCGUCGCUGCUGACCUGGAGGUGGAUACACGAGUGGUGUUAGACCUGGUGCUGCCACAGAUUGGUGGUCGCGGAGGCGGUGGCGAGCUGUUUGCACUUGAGCGUGGUAUCGACUACCACCAGAAGGUGCUUCCGAAGUAUGCGUCGGAGUUUGAGGGGCUGAAGAUGUCGGAAAAACUCAUGUUGUCGCCUCCCGACAUUCAAAGACGCGGUGACGCGUUGACGAACAUGGUGCUGGCUCAGUUGGGCAAGGUCAUAGGCGGACAGGAUGGUUUCUGCCGGUAUUGUGGAGAGGACGGAGUCGAGACGCGCUGCUCGAAGUGCAAGAAAGCGUACUUCUGUAAGGAAUGCCAGGUGCUGGGUUGGAAAUAUCACAAAGUGUGGUGCACGUGA